CUCAUCACUUGUUCAACAACAUGAUUGAUUCCAGCCCCGUCCGCGUUUGCGACAAUCUUGUUAUACUUUCCCAGCCCUUCGACCGUGAAUUGAGUCGUCCUACCUUGGACACCGCGCCACCGACCACAGUUUUUAUCCGCCCAUCUGGAAAAAAUAUGGAAUGCCUCCGCGAUCAUGACCGGGGACCUGGGAGACGAUGGUCCCGUGCAGACGGACGCAUAUAGAAGGGAUAUGUACUGUGUAUAUAUUUACCACGCGAUGGCCCUUCAACCUGGUUCCUCGUCGCCGCUCUCCAAGGUGCCCGCAUCACAGCCAAGAUGAAGACUCUCUUCCUGGCCUCCCUGGCCUCGCUGAAUUUCCUCACCGCCGCCGCUCCUGCCGGCUGUGACUUCAGCCUCGUCGGCUUCGCCAAAGACAACCCCAUCGGUCCCACGACGGGCGGCCAGGGCGGCAAGACCAUCAAGGUGACCUCUCCCGCGGAGCUCGCCGCGGCAGUCCAAGGCAACGAGCCCGCCAUCAUCAUCGCCCAAGGCGCCUUCAACCUGACCUCGCGCCUGAAAGUCGGGUCGAACAAGUCGCUCAUCGGCGCGGGUUCCGGCGCGCUCAUCACGGGCUCGGGCAUCACCAUCAACAGCAACACCAACGUCAUCAUCCGCAACCUGGCGAUCCGCAACAUCCUCGACAACGACGGCAUCACGAUCCAGAACAGCACGCGCGUGUGGAUCGACCACAACGAGUUCUCGUCGGACCUGGACCACGGGCCGGACCACUACGACGGCCAGUGCGACAUUGUGCGCGCCAGCGACUGGAUCACCGUCAGCUGGAACUACUUCCACGACCACUGGAAGUCGUCGCUCGUCGGCAACAGCGACGCCCUGCGGGAUGUCGACUCGGGCCAUUUGCACGUCACGUACCACCACAAUUACUGGCGGCAUGAGGGCACGCGAGGACCGGCGGGCAGGUUCGGGCACCAGCACGUGUUUAACAAUCUCUACGAGGACUUUUUGUACCAGGCCAUUCAUAGUCGGAGCGAUAACCAGGUGCUGGUCGAGGGGAAUGUGUUUAGGGGGAACACGCGCGAGGCGCUGAGUACGUACGGCCUGGUGAUUCCGGACGAUAGCCCGAAUACGAGUCCCGAGGGGGAUUGGGAGUUGGAUGGGUUUGCGAAUUUGGGCGCUAAAAAUGACUGGGGCACCGCUACCAUCAACAUCACUCAAGUCGGCAACUUCACAAGGGCGCCGUACCGGUACAAACUCACGCCGCUCAAGCAGGUGGUGAAGGUCGUCAAGGCGGGCGUUGGGCUGGGGAAAAUCUAGUUCGUUUCAUGUAACUAGAGGAAUGUUGCGGGAUGCUGGGGACGCUGUAGAGGCGGAUUGUAAAUAGUUGUUUAUAGAGGGUUGUAGCUGAAUGCAUUAAAUCGGUGGCUUUGUGUGUUUGGUUGGAAAGAAUGCCGGGAUGUGGUACUGCGUUGAUGGUUCUCCUGUAAUUGUGAG